AUGUUCAUACUGACCAAGAUUGCGGACUUGGUCCAAAUCAAACCGGCUCAGUUCGCCAAGCUGAGCAUCGAUGCCAUAGAAGACAAUUUAAACGAGAAAUACUGCAACAAAGUUAUUCAAAAAGUGGGACUCUGCAUUUGCAUGUACGAUCUGUUAUGGGCUUCCGAGGGUCUCAUAGGUCAUGGCGACGGUCUCGUGAAUGUCAACGUCGAGUGUCGCUUGGUCAUAUUCAGGCCAUUCAAGGGAGAGGUUCUGUUCGCAAGGAUAAGUCGAUGUGUUAAAGACGGUAUACACUUGCGCACCGACUUCUUUGAUGACAUAUUUGUCCCCUUUGACGAGCUGCCCGAGGGAGCAACAUUCGACCAUGACCAGUCUCUCUGGGUAUGGCAUGUGGAGGACCAAGAGAUGUACUACGACAUCCACGAAAUGGUCCGAUUUCGCGUGAGCUCCGAAGAGUGGCAUGACCAAACUCCCACAAAACCUAUAGAGGGCAGUGAACUUCCGGAGAAGAAGCCCCCUUACAGUAUCACGGGCACCAUGAAGGAAGAGGGCUUAGGUGUGUGCCUUUGGUGGGGCGAUGACGGUGGUGGCGUUGCGGAGGAAGAGCAAGGUGAAAAUGGCGAUAUGGAGGUAGAUGGAUAA